GCCGGCCGGGACGAGGGGCUGGCUGGGUCUGAGCCUGGAGAAACGCAAGGGCCCGCCCGGGGUGGGCGCCGAGGUGGCCUAGGAGAGCCUGCGGACCGUGCUGAGCCGCUCUAAGCCUCCCGGCCGCUUGCCACGCCCGGCGCGCACCUGCCCUUCGAGGCGGCAGAGCCAGCAGGCGGCCGAGGCACGGCCAGGCCACGCGGCAUCCCCUAAAGCUGGAGCUCACCGUCUCUUCCUUACCUUUUAAGCGACUGCAGUCGUGCCCAGACAGCCGGCUUGGCCCAGACUCCAUUUUGGAACUUCGCAGGCUGGGGGACGAAGUAAACACAUUUAUGGAAAAACCCCGGGGUUAGGAAGUUUGCGGAAAGAGGGCGCAGCUCGUCGGUGGUUGGAAAUUCUGUCUAUCCCUCGGGAAAACCAAACGGUUCCGCAACCAACGUACACACACUUAAGGGCGGGAAAGGUGUGAAGCCCGCUGCUGGGGAGCUGCCUCCCCUUUGAUGAAAAGGAAAUGUGAAGAGCAGAAACGCUCUUCGUGUUACCACCCCGUGAGACUUGGGGAGUGUGAAAGAAGAGAAUACUCCCUCCAAAUCUCCCAAAUUGAGAAAAGCUGCGGGAGGAAUGAAGCAGUUGGAGAGAGGGGACCGCAGGCAUCCCGCAGCUGAGGCUCAGGACUGACUCUAGAAUGAAAUCACCCCUAUGGGACCCACCAGGGAAAACAUUAAAAAAAAAAAAUCUAAAUGCUUAGGCAUUCUGCUGCUUCCGUUCUGUGUGUCAAAUCUACUUUGAAGCAGUUAAGUACUGUAGGAUAUUAAACACUCGGCUCUCCGUUUCAAGCUCACUUUUUAAUCUUUGCGAACUUAAAAUGGGAAAGACAGAAAAAAAGAUCUGCGACCCCUGUUUAUGCUUUACCAAAGGAACGAAAAAUUCUCUCCACCUCGGCAUAAAUAAAAUAGGAAGAUUUUUAUCUUAAUAAAAUAUAUCUGGGAGCUUCUGCCUGAUUCCCCAAUUACUGCUUAGCCUUUUGACUGUUUUUAGCCUCUGCUUAUAUUUGUCUACUUCCCCGCACGAUUGAGAUUUUUUAAAAUUGUCCUUUGGGGAGUCUCAUCCCAAACCAUCUUUCGACGGAACACUUUUGAAUUGUACAGCCUCUUGGUUGAAGAUCUAGUUCCUCAAAGUGCGGGCUUGCCGUGGGGGUAACGCAAAUCCACUCUGGCGACUCGUCUGGGACGAAGGGCGUUUUUGCUUAGUUUUAUCACACAGAUUUCAUCUGAAAAGAAGCUGCUUAAAAUGGGUGUGUAUCAUUUCCUUCCUGUCACUCGGUCACCCCCAUUCCAGAGUGGUUGAGGUGCCUUCUGCAGGUUCACUCACACAAGACCAAACCUUUAGAAGAACUUGAAAAAUGUAUCGCUGUACGUUGAAUUCGAUUAACUUUCCUGACGACUGAACAGUGAGCUCAAUUUUUGCUGGGAAUGAAGAUGUGAAUGUUUUGAAAAACUAGAAUCGCAUUUUUCUAAAUUUUAAAAAUGAUUGUUCUUCACCCAUUCCAGAUGGAUUCUUUAUUGUUUGCCAAUGGGUUGCAGAUGCCCACUCCUUUAACCAAGUUAGUUUACUGCGUAUGAAAUGAACAUUUGCUGCUUAAAGCGUAAAUAUUGGAAGAAAUUUCUCCUGGGGCAUUCCACACGUCUUUGCAAUAAUUACUAAAUUAGUCAAUUGUCACCUCUAUAAACAAAUUUCGUUUAGAAAACAGCAGGCGAAAGCAGACUACACAUGUAGUCAUAAUUGACCAAAAGUAUGUACAAAGCUGUUUAAAACCGGGGAAAGAGUGAUUUGUGUUGGAGAAUACAAUCUAGAACUGAUUGAUUUCACUCUACGAAGAAGGUAGUUGUAUUGAAUAUGUUAAGAUGUGCAAAUUAAGCCGGCGAGCGCACCAAAUAAAACUACUAAAUGUCCUUUGGGUUUCUCUGCAGGGUCUUUGAGAGGCAGAGAAGCAGUAGUUGAGUUUCUAACAGUAUGAGGAAAAGUAUGAGAAGGAAGGGGGUGGGCUUUGUGUUUUGUGUGAGUUUUGAACUGAGUCACCUACAACUGCGUCUCUGUAACAGGGAAAUCUCAAGCAAACCUGUGCCUUUAAGACUCAGUUGCUAUCCAAACACAAGUAAACAGAGUGAACCAUUAGCAGACGCCGGGCGCGAAGGCGGAGCCAGGGCGCUUAGGGCCCCGCGCGGCGGCGGGACGCCGGCCCGAAGGGGAGGCGGGGCCGCUACUAAAGCCCACGACUCCCAGCCCGGGGCAGCCUGGGGAGGGACGCGGGCGGGGACGGAGCUCGGCGCGCUUGCUGCUGGAGGGUGAUGGCCCUGCAAGGCUGCGGGCUCCAACCUCAUUCGAAGUCGGCAGCGAGAGGCUCGCCGAGGCGCGGGGUUCUGGGCGAGCGCUGAGCGCCCGCUCCAAGCACCCCGGGCCUUUACAUAGUCGGCGUUCACAGACGAAGACGUGGAUCCGCUCUCGCUUUCGCUGCUCGCGGUCCUCCAGAUCAUGUCCGCGACUCCCGCCGCUCCGCGCGGGAAAAGAAGUUUGCCAGACGUGGACUCAGUGAUCUUUCCAAGCUGUGCGCCUCGCUGCCUGGACCAGGUCUGAGCCGGGCUGCCCAAGCAGACCUUUCUCCCGGAGUCCUGACAGACGGGGGCCAAAAGCAAACUCACCAGGGGCUUAAACGCUCGGAUUCCCGGGAAAUGGCAAGUGAGAAAGGAGUUGCAGUUGUUCGAAGAAGGAGCGAGGAAAAGAGAUUUGUCUACGUGCUGUUGUCUCACUGGGUUUUUGCCGGAGCCCCAAGCCCUCCCGCCUCUGAGUCCUGGAAGAAAGGAGUGGUCCCUUCAGCUCCCCAGCAUCCUGGAAAAUGGGGAGCAAGGCCCUGCCAGCGCCCAUCCCGCUCCACCCGUCGCUGCAGCUCACCAAUUACUCCUUCCUGCAGGCCGUGAACACCUUCCCGGCUGCGGUGGACCACCUGCAGGGCCUGUACGGUCUCAGCGCGGUGCAGACCAUGCACAUGAACCACUGGACGCUGGGGUAUCCCAAUGUGCACGAGAUCACCCGCUCCACCAUCACGGAGAUGGCGGCGGCGCAGGGGCUUGUGGAUGCGCGCUUCCCCUUCCCGGCCCUGCCUUUUACCACCCACCUAUUUCACCCGAAACAGGGGGCCAUUGCCCACGUCCUCCCAGCCCUGCACAAGGACCGGCCCCGUUUUGACUUUGCCAACUUGGCAGUGGCUGCCACGCAAGAGGAUCCUCCUAAGAUGGGAGACCUGACCAAGCUGAGCCCGGGGCUGGGUAGCCCCAUCUCAGGCCUCAGUAAAUUGACUCCGGACAGAAAGCCCUCUCGAGGGAGGUUGCCCUCCAAAACGAAAAAAGAGUUUAUCUGCAAGUUUUGCGGCAGACACUUUACAAAAUCCUACAAUUUGCUCAUCCAUGAGAGGACCCACACGGACGAGAGGCCGUACACGUGUGACAUCUGCCACAAGGCAUUCCGGAGGCAAGAUCACCUGCGGGAUCACAGGUAUAUCCAUUCCAAAGAAAAACCCUUCAAAUGUCAGGAGUGUGGGAAAGGAUUUUGUCAAUCCAGAACUCUAGCAGUUCACAAAACUUUACACAUGCAGGAAUCUCCACACAAAUGUCCCACAUGUGGAAGAACCUUUAAUCAGAGAAGUAAUCUGAAAACUCACCUUCUCACCCAUACAGACAUCAAGCCCUACAGCUGCGAGCAGUGCGGCAAAGUGUUCAGGCGAAACUGUGAUCUGCGGCGGCACAGCCUGACUCACACCCCGCGGCAGGACUUCUAGAGAAGCCCAGGAUCUGUCCCGUGCCGCCGCUGCUCCCCUCCCCAGACACCUCUCCACGUCUCCUACCAGGGGGGUCGCACCCCUAGCCCUUCACUGACCCCAGCUCUUCCCUUGCUGCAGCCGCACCUGCAGCUCCAGGGAGAUAACUCUUCUUCUGGGGGACUGAGAACUGUAGAAAGCCACACACUACAUCCUUUCACAAAGAGCAUAUGCUAGUUUCUUGUAGAUAUUCACAGCUCAUUUUAGAGCUCUGUACAUAAUGUUGUGGGCCUUUGUUUUGUUGUUUUGUUUGUUUUUGUAUCUUUUCGGAUGCACCUAGAUAUGGAAAAUGGAAGCCAAAUUUUAUCUUUAAAGACUGUAUUUCCAAAAUAAAAGUUUUUCUUGUUUGUUUCAA